AUGUUGAAGAAGAUAUCGUCAUUAACAGGGGCAGGCUACUAUGGCUACGGCCGCUCAAGCAGCCCAAUCAGCUCACAUGACAGGUCCAUGGAUAUGGAGCGACUUCGGCGCCGCAGCCGCAGUAAUCCUAGUGAAAGCUCCGCCAAAGAAGGCUCGCACAGAGAAGCAGAAGGACUCCGAAACACAAUGGAGAUGCUGGCUGCGGAAAACAAGCACCUUAAGAAGCUCAUAGAGGAUCGCGAUGCACGGGCGAGCUCACUGCACACAGCAGACGAAAGGGAAGGAGGAAUGGAGGUGCUGCGCUCAGAAAACAAUGAGUUGAAGCAAGAAGUCACCAGACUGCAGAGAGAAUUGCAGUCCAAAGAAGAAAUUCUUGAAUCAAUGCAGCGGGAGGGCGCUUUGCUGAGCAGCGAGGUGGUAGAAGGACUGAAGAAAAAGGUUGCAUCACUGGAGGCACAACUCGCUUUUGAGUGCCGCAACCACUCUAAAGAAUUGAAUGAAAAGGAAGCAAGGGUUGCUGAGCUUGAGAUGCAGCUCCUCGAUGCGCAGCAGCAAGCUUCCAAGCAACCGGCAGAGGACGUAUUUGAAGAGCCACCACAAAGUGCGCAGGACCUAAAUUUGCAACAAGUUUCUGCUGCAGGUCCCAGUGUCUUUGUGCAGAGCUGCAGAGGGGAGUGCGAAGCAAAUAGAGGAUCUGAAGAAACGGCUAGCUGCGCAGGACGCAGAGUUGACUCGGUGAGCCAAUGCGCCACACCUGCAGCUGCUGCGUUCUUAAGGCUUCUGUACGUAUCGCCGAAGCCAAAAAGGGGUUCUCUUGCCCUGGGCGUGCGCUUUCUUCGUAGGGAUAUACUAGAGAUGCAACUGGCUGAAGCAGAGUCAAAGCGCGUUGAAGCUGAAGAAGCAUUGUCGGUCCAUCGCGCCUUGGCGGAAGGCGACGGUGAUGCGCUUCCUAUGCUCGAGAAGCUUCGGCGCGAGAUGCAGGAAAAGAACGCAGCACUUGAGAGCAUGAGUCAGCAGCUUCUGGAGAUUUCGGCAGAAAGAGACGAAAUAGAGCAGGAAUUUCAAAAGCUGCGAGAGGCCCCUUCAGCUCCUGAGACUCCCCGGUCUAAAGGCAGCCGGCGGGGGGGCCUCUUUGGACGCAGCAAAACGGUGGCUUUGGAAAGGGAUGCCCUGGCACUGCAAGUGCAGCAGCUCGAGGAACAGCUGCAAACGCUCAACGAAAAACGUGUGGAGUUGGAGCGAACAAAAGUGAAGAUGGAGGGGCAGCUAGCUGAGGCAGCACAAGAGGUUAGAGCUGCGAAGGGCGAACAGGCCAGUCUGAAGGACAAGCUUCAGGAGAGGGAAGCAGCUCUUCAGGCCCUCCGGGCUGCUAAGGCAGACAUGGAUAUGCCUCUUGAAAAAUUUCAAGCUGUUUCGCUUCCAGUGCCACGGGGCCCCCAUGAUGCGGACUUCGACGCAAAGGCCGAGUUGGUUUUAAAGGAGGGCGUCAUUAGGACCCUUAGCAGUAGACUGGCGUACCUCCAAUUUGCGCUAAAGGAAGUUACAGCGGAGAAGCAGCAGCUUUUAGCGCAGCCCGCCACUAUUGCGUUGCAGCGGCACCUGGAGGAGGUGAAGAAAGACCUGGUGGAGGCGAAGGCCAAAUAUCGAGAAGCUGCAGCUCAGUGCACACAGCUUAAGGCGAAAGUAAAGAGCCAAACAGAGGAGAUAGCGGAGGCUGAAUCAGACCGACGGGCACUCAAGGCCGCUCUCGAGGAAUCCCAGUUGAGGCUCAGCACGACGGCAGACAAGUACAAAGAGCAGAAUGACAGGUAUCGAGACAUCGUGUCUGACUCUCUAGCAAAGGUGGAAGAGCUGCAAGACGAGGUCUCAAGGGAACGCAACGGAAAAAUCCUCGUCGGCAAGGUAUAUAGGCAGGAAAUGCUGGAGCUAAGGAAGGCGGCUGUGCAAAGAGGGGCGAUCCGGGGCGAUCCCCUUCGUCCGCUGUCCGUGCAGAGGCCUCAGGCGGAGGGGGCGCUCAGACAAUCGCAUGUGGAGCAGAGUCUCCCAGAAAAGCUCCCUACCCUUCCGCCUCCAGUCUCAGCGGCGCCUUUGUCUCCGGCACUCCCCGCCUUAGUCACGGCGGGAUGCAGAAGCGCUGUGCCUACCGGAACGGAGUGGCCUCGGGCUGGGGGGCACCCUUGCCUGUUUAGCGGCGGUAUGGCAGUCGCCGUCAACAAGUCUCAGAACAAUGGCGAGUUCGCAACCAUCCCUGCUUGCCUCUCACUGGGACUGACGCCAAGGGCACAAACAGAUGGACGACCCUCACCCCGCUUUGUGCCUUUCGCAGGCCCCCCAGCGUACUCCCUACAGAUGCCUUCCGGAGCAGCGAUUACACGCGACCAGCUUUUGGCAGCAGGGGCUCUUGCAGAACGGAAGCCUUGGCGAGCACGUGUCUCGCAGCAGCCCCUGCAGCAGCUGGCGGGCGAAUGCCCCGCUUCAUUGCCAAAUAAGCAUUCCCCUGCAAACCUCGGAUUAGGGGCAGUAGCACUGGGCAAGAUGAGCGAUUCUGUCCCCCGCGAUGGUUCUCAUGGGACCGGUUCUGAUGGGGUAGGGGCUCCUGCCCCUGCUGCCGCGAUGAGCAAAGACACCCUGAGGAGUCCCCUGGUGGGUGCUACCCGCGUGGAAGAAGCCACCGUUCUUCCUAACCUGCAGACGUUUGAGAGCCAGAAAGAAGUGGCUUUUUUUUCGGGUGCAGACUUGGGCAGUUGCGGCUAUCGGCAGCUGCUCGAGGGCACCCUGGGGGAUGAAAGGGACUCUGUCGACUUGUCAUAA